AUGCCUUCGUACUUCUACCAUCUCAAGUUCGAGCUCUACCCAAAGUCUCCCUCUGUCUCUGAACAGGCAGUGAAGACCUCCAUUGUUCCGGAAACUCAGAUCUGGCUUCCAGAGAAACAGUCGAGCAUAUUCGACAACCUCCCGUCGCACCCUCGGACACAGUCGACGAUCCCGAUCCACAGCCUGCCGAAACGCCGGAACCAUUCCCAAGAGACGGAGCCGAACACGCAGUCCAAGGUCGACAAUAGUGUAAUCGACUGCGGUGCCCCGCGACCACCCGAAGCGCGAGACGAACGGAAUAUUGUCAUCCUAAGCGAGAGACAGCAGCGGCAGCGGACGUUCAGCUUCCCGCCUCCACAGUCCUCCGCCGCCAUCAACCCGCAGACCGCACUGAGAGAUUGGAGGUUCGGGCCGCUCAACGUGGAGAGCAUCGACGUGGACAAUUACCAAGAUCGGGAUAAGAUGCAGGGUGCAACGAGUUCUGCGGCUGCGGCAGCCGUGGGCCCAUCUAUGGGCAGCGCCGGCAAAGCCACGAAAGCGAAAUACGUCCCACUCGCGACGGCAAAGAACACGAACCUGGGCUGGGGUAUCGUGCACUUAUACCGGGAAGGCGACCAGACCUCAGAGCUCGCUGUUCCGCGGGAUGGCGAACCCGAGGACGAGCAAGAUGACGAGCAGGUUGACUGUACCACCGUAUGCAUACCGGCCGUGCCGAGCUAUCUUUCCCCGAGCGACUUUCUGGGCUUCGUGGGUGAGAAGUGGAGGGACGAGGUCAGCCACUAUCGAAUGGUUAUGACGGGUCGCAUGAACAGAUAUCUUGUGCUCAUGAAGUUUCGUGACAGCAAACGGGCGCACAUAUUCCGACGGCACUUUGAUGGCAAAGUCUUCAACGACAUUGAGCCAGAGACUUGUAUUGUCGCAUUCAUCAGAUCUAUUACCUUCGAGACGCCUAGUAUUUCGAACGGUAGCUUUCCAGACCUCAGCCAUGACCCCUUCACGCCGACGUCCUCCUCGUCCACCUCUAAGUCGCUGAAGCCGUUCCCGCCGCCGACACCGAACCUGAUUGAGCUGCCAACCUGUCCCGUCUGUCUAGAGCGCAUGGAUGACACUACUGGCUUGUUGACGAUUCCCUGCCAGCACGUGUUCCAUUGCUCGUGCCUACAGAAGUGGAAAGGAUCUGGCUGUCCAGUCUGUCGACACACGAAUCCGUCGAUCAGCGCGAAUAGCCAAUAUGUCCCUUCCACCUCUGUUCCUACGGCACCGUACGAUUCCGGCAAUCCCUUCACCCAACCCUUCGGCUCCCACGUAUCCAACCUAUGCUCCGUGUGUGACUCCCCUGACGAUCUUUGGAUAUGCCUAGUCUGCGGCAACGUGGGCUGUGGAAGAUACAAAGGAGGUCACGCAAAGGAGCAUUGGAAGGACACGGCACAUACGUUCUCGUUGGAGCUGGAUACCCAGCACGUUUGGGACUACGCUGGCGACAUGUGGGUUCAUCGUUUGAUUAGGGAUAAGGGCGAUGGCAAAGUGGUCGAAUUGCCUGGACAUCAGGGAGGACCCAACGGGCAUGGGGGGCAUGAAAAUGCAGAUGUCGUGCCAAGAGCGAAGCUUGAAAACAUCGGCAUGGAGUACACACACCUCCUUACCAGUCAGCUGGAGAGCCAGCGCGUCUACUUCGAGGAGAUGCUUUCGAAAGCAGCUGACAAGGCUACGAAGGCGUCGGCUGCUGCAGAGAUGGCGGCAGCGCAGGCAUCAGAGGCAUUGAAGGAACUACGGGCGCUCAAGGACGAUAAACAUCACCUGCGCACAACUACCAUCCCCUCGCUGGAGAAGGAUCUGCAGCGCGAACGCAUGCGCGCAAGCAAGUCGACAGACCUAGCAAGGAGCCUUGGCAAGAGUUUUCAGGAAGAGAAGAAGGUGUCGGAAGGUCUGAUGAAGCGGAUCGAGCACGUCAACAAGGAGAUGGAGAGCCUCAGUGAACAGGUCAACGAAAUGAAGCUGGAAAACGCGGACCUAAAGGAUCAGAACCACGACCUGACCAUGUUCAUCUCGGGCCAGGAGAAGCUCAAGGAGCUCGAGGCUGAGGGGAAGGUGGAGGAAGGCGAGAUCCAGGAGGGCAGUGUGGCUCUACCGGAGGAGAAGAAACGCCGAAAGGGCAAGGGGAAGGCCAAGGCGUAG